UCAUUGAUUAUGAUCCGCAGGCAUACCAAUUAUGCAGACAAAUAUUACCAGUCACAAGGAAAAUUAUUAUAAGACAUCCCAUCAUAUCUUAUGUUCUACUCCACUCUCAACUAAUUAGCCUAUGCCCUGAGAAUCUAAAACAUAUGCUCUGACACUAUUUUAUCUGUCACACCCCAAUCCGAAAGCAUUAGUCGAGCUCAUAGAUUAUGCAAGGCCUGUCUUUUUCAUACAUAUCAAAUCGGAAUUAAGGCAAUGAUAUUAUUACAACAAAAUACUUAUAGCAUAAUGUUUUUCUUUUAAUGAUUGUUCGGACAAUAUUACAAAGAAAAAAAAUACACAAUAGUCUUAUCAGUUCAUUAUCAUACAAUACAAUGGGUGGUGGUCUCUGGCAUUGGCAAGCAGCGAUCUCAACCACAGAGUGGGAGGUAGAGACAUCAUAGUAUGGAAUAGGGAAGGGGCAGGGAGAGAAUGGGAUGCCCUAAAGUGAUGAGGGAAGGGGUUUAUUAUAUCGGGAGCGAUGGUGGUGAGACACGGGAUGAUCAAAAAGGAGAUGGUGGAGAGGGGAGUUGGUUGCAGCCAUGGUGGUGAUUCGGAGACCGGCACCGCUAUUUUUGGCGGUCCGCCACUUCUUGGUGGGUGCCGCACUCCACGGCAAGCACCACCUGUCUCCCGACAUGCCACAAUAUUAGUCGGCAGAGCAGCUCGCCUCUGUGUGGCCGCAACAAAGGGGUGUCCAAACAAGAGAUGCCCUAAUUUUUUUUUAGCAAAAUUUGAAUCGAAGUCGGCAAGGCAUCACCUAAACGGGAAGAUCAGAAGAAGAAGAAGAAGAAGGAACAAGGCAUCUAAAAACUCGCCCACCGUCGGUAUCUGGAUGUGGAGGAAGAGGAGCGGAAAGUUGGUGGCAAAACAGUAGGCUCAGAAGUUUGCUACUCUGCUCAAAGAAGGGCUCACUUUAAGCCCCUCUCAUACAAGAGGUGUCAGAAGAAGCAUUCCUCAUCACAACCCUUCCUCCCCAGUAAUCAGUACUGGAAUGGCCAGUGAGAAGACGAUGCCACUUAUACCUCCCAUUUUACACCUGCCGAUGGCAGCAUAAAUCUUCAAGGUCUUAACUUUCUCAGGAAACUAAAAUGUAUCACUAAACUGUACAGUCAUUGACUAGCCAUGAUUUAUGAUUUUUCCCAUCAGUUAUUAAACAAAA